GGUUUUAGCAAAAGUCGGCAGCCCGAGCGCGCGAGUCUUGCACGGCUCGACAGCGCACGCUACGGUUCGUCUGUGCUGUCCUACUUGAGCCAGGGCAGUCCUUUUGCGCUCCGCGCACAUUUGGCCUGUGCCGCACACACCAGCUGCCAAAGGCACGAAUAAAUGCAGUAGAACCGAUGGCGCAAGCACCAACACGUGUGGAUUCCUUCGCCGACGGCGGCACCCAGGGCGACACCGAGCCCGGCGCGCCCACCUCGCCGGGCCCCGGCCGGAGUUGGGCCGACGUCUUCGGCACGGCUGCGAAGCCGUCGUCGUCGUCGCCACCCAUGCCACCGAUGCCCUGGGAGGAGGCCGCCGCGGCGCCGGCGCCGUCCUGGACGGCACCCAUCGAGCGCUUCCUCGCGAGCGCCGCGGCGAGCCUUUCGGCCGCGACGCAACCGCCGCCGCCGCAUCCCAAACCUCGGCUGCCACGGUCCGUCGACUUUACGAGCGCACCCUCGCACUACACGACGCUGGGAGUCGCGCCGACGGCGCCCCAGGCGGAAAUUCGGGCGGCCUACCGGCGGCUCGCGCUCGAACACCAUCCGGACCGGCGCGGCGCACGAGGUGAAGAAAGGAUGGCCCGCGUCAACGCCGCCUACGCGGUCCUCGACUCGCCGCGCGCGCGGCGGUCGUACGACUACGACCUGCGGUUCGGGCGCUUCGACGGCGCGCGGCGGCGAGGCGCGGAGGCGGCGGACUGAUGUCCUCCGCAGUCGCGGAGGCGGCGGAUUGAUGUCUUCCGCAGUCGCCGGGCCAGUGCUUGGCGCCAGCGUGCGUUUUUGUGUGGUG